AUGUCGACUAUCGGAAUGGUUCGUUUGAAACCAACUGUGGCCCUCGCAGCUGCCGAAUAUCCGAGCUUCUCUCUUAGGGUCAAGGAGACCGUGUGUAGUACGCUAAAAUGUGGUUUUCUUAGCCUCCGUACUCGCUCGCUUACUCACACAAUUACACCUGCAGUCUUCUGCUUUUCACGUGGCUCCGGCGGCAAUGGCGAGAUCCGCUUUAUGAAGCUUGCUGUACUCUACGCAAGUUCGCGUACGAGGGCCUAA